UCUGAGCUGCCAGUGACACAGGCUCCAGCACUGUGUGACACACACAUUGUUUGGUGGUGGUGAAAAAGAGAUGAGCUUAGUCAUACCGAAGGCCCAUAUGAGAAGCACAUGUGUAUAUGCAGACACAGACACAUCAGGAGGCUCGAGCAACAAACCACACCAGAAGAAAGAACCAGUGAUCAACCUGAGUGGAUUAACAUCAAUAUCCUGUCGUGUGGAAUAAUUUCCAUGACCUCCUGCAACUGUUAAUGAUGUGAUUUUGUUUUCCUUCAAAAUCAUAACAAACACAGAGGUCAAAGGUCAUUUCUUAAAAGAAGAAAAGCUGACAUCAGGGUCAAUAUCCUCUUUAGUCUGAAGAAGAGGUCCUGAAGAUUAGUGUUUCGGCUGGUCCUAAAUGCUAAUUUAAUACUCCUGUUGACACAGCUGGGUAUGUGCCACAGAAAUUUGUGCCAUUCCUAAUUCCGAAAAUAACACAGAAUAAGUGAUUACCAGGCAGUAAAAGAUAUGGAUAUUUUUGGAGGUGCUCCACGUGUUCUUGGAUACCCUCGUCCAGUUCUGGUGAAAUGUGGAACAGAUGCUGUGCUUAAAUGUCAGAUUGGUGGAGAUCCCCAACCAGAUGUGGUUUGGGAGCGGAAAAAUGAGCCUAUUCUUCCUGAGGGUCGUUACCGAAUUACCCAAGAUGGCAAGGUGUACACCCUUUACAUCUCUGGGGUGACAAUGGAAGAUGCUGGACAGUAUAUUUGCAAAGCCAAGAACAAUAUUGGGGAAACAUACGCAGCUGCUACCCUUAAAGUCGAAGAAGAGCUUCAAGAGCUCCAGCAAACACAGCCACUCCCGCCACCACCACCACAAAAUGAAGUAAAAGUGAUUCCACCAGAACAAGAAAUCAAAAUGAUGAUUCAACAACAGGACAGGGUGGUACAGAAAGCAGACCCAUUUCAAGACAACAAGCCUCGAUUUCUUAUCAAACCUCUUUCUCUAAGAGUAGACCGAGGAGAAGAUGCUGCCUUCUCCUGCAAGCUCUCAGGUGAUCCUUUGCCUCAGGUGGUUUGGGAGAAAGAUGGUAAGCAGUUGAAUGAGAUCUAUGAGAGUGCCCACUACCAUGUGGGACAGCAAGAUGGUGGCUGGUUCCAGCUGAAGAUUUUCAGAACAAGAGCACCAGAUGGAGGAGUCUACAUGUGCAAAGCAGUCAACAAGUAUGGAGAAGCGAUGACCGGGGCAGUGCUCCUGGUAGAGCCCAUUCCAGAACAAAGAGAGGGAAGCAUGACAAACGGCUACACCAAUGGUCAUUACUCACCACAGCAUUCGAGGGCCAAACAAUCAAAAGAGCCUCACCUGAAUAUGUCCAAAGCUAAGAAGUUCACUGUCACAGAAGGCAAGCAUGCUAAAUUCCGUUGCUAUGUCACAGGAAAGCCUAAGCCAGAGAUUGUAUGGAAGAAAAAUGGAGAGAUUAUUGUGCCGAGUCGAAGACAUCUAAUUUUUGAGGAUAGAGAGGGAUAUUACACCCUUAAAGUACUGUACUGUAAGCAGCAGGAUACGGGACUCUACAUAUGUGCUGCUUCAAACGCACUGGGAAACACUCUGAGCGCUGUGCAACUGUCAGUUAAAGGGCCUCCAGUCCGUUUUAAGCGAGCUCUACAAGAUGCAGAGGUCAAGGAGAGGGAUGUUGCUGUUCUGGAAUGUGAGGUUCCGGAAGAGUCCAUUUCCGCAGCAUGGUACCUGGAGGAUCAGAGGCUGCAGCCAGGAAACAAGUAUAACAUGGAACAGAAGGGCACACGGAGAAGACUAACCAUACAAAAUGUUGGGGCUGAUGAUGAUGGAGUUUAUCUGUGUGAGAUGCCUGACGGUGGAAAGACAAUUGCAGAACUGGCAGUUAAAGGUACGAUUGUGAAGAAACUUCCGCGGAGGUUAGAAGUGAUGGAAGGAGAGAAUGCAGCAUUCUUUGUGGAGGUGGAACAAGAUGAGAUGGAAUAUCUGUGGUUUAAAGACGGUCUGCAGUUGCAAGAAACACAUCAAACCAUUGUCAAGUCUUUCGGCAAAACCCACAUCCUGGUCUUUGUCAACACAUCAUAUCAAGACUCUGGCACAAUCACCUUUAUGGCAGGCAGAUCAACAACAAGCUCCAAACUCAGGGUCAAAACUGCCCGACACUGCCCGCCCAUCUGCCCUGUGAGCGUCCAAAUGAAAACUGACAGUGUAAAUGGUGCCGUCCUUUCCUGGUCACCAUCACCUAACUUGCAAAACUCCACCACUAAGUCAGUGUAUGUGUUAGAACGACAGGAGGUGGGCUCUCAGGAAUGGCAGCGAUGCCUGACAACAGAGACGGGCACUUCUGCUGAAGUCCUGGGUGACAGUGUGCCAUGUGAGGGUGAUUACCGUUUCCGUAUCUGCUGUGUUAAUAAAUAUGGCAGAAGUGGACAUGUGGAGUUCCCCAAAGUAGUACAUCUGGUUCCAGGUCCAAAGAUCAAAACCCCGCUGAAGAACGCUGUAGUGACUGCAGGGGAGGACGCUGUGUUCUCCAUUGAGCUCUCUGCUAACUUGAUUGGCACAUGGUUCCUGAAUAGCCAGCAGCUGCAGGAUAGUGAACGCUUCUCCAUGACUCAGUCAAAGAACCAACACAUCCUGCGAAUUCACCAAGUGCCAAAUGUGUAUGAUGGAGCUGAAAUCACCUUUAUUGCCACUGGCGUACGAGAUUCAGCGGCCCUACAAAUUAAAGUUCCUGAGGUAAAAUUUUUACCAUUGUCAGAGAUGGACACCAAGAAGAGCGCUGAAGUGGGAAAUCCCAUUGUGUUGUACUGUGAAGUUUCCCACCCCACAGCCACCGUUCAGUGGUUCAAAGACGGACAGGAGCUUCAUGUAGAGGAGGGUCUGAAUAUCCAAUCGGAUGGCAACAUGAGGAGGAUCGUCAUUCAAUCAGCAGAGUACUCUCAUUCUGGAGUGUACACCUGUCAAUCAAACAAUGACAUACUCACAUUUAAUGUGAAUGUUGAAGCCCCCCCUGUGUCAUUUAAAGAGAUUACGCAGGAUGAGAGGCAGAAAAGCGCUAUGGAACUGGACCCUGUGGUCCUGACGUGUGAACUUUCCCGACCAGAUGCACCUGCCUGCUGGUUUAAAGAUGGAGUUGCGAUUCUUCAGUCAGAAAACAUCACCAUCCAGUCUGACGGCUCCAUGAAAAGACUCAUAAUCCGUUCAGCGGGGCUGGAAGACGCUGGGACGUAUACUUGCCAAGCAGGCGAUCAAUCCAUGUCGUUUUCCGUCAACAUUAAAGAACCUCCGGUUACAAUUGUGGACCCAAAAGAUGACAUCCACAUGGAGCGUUAUGUCUCUGAGGAGAUCGUCCUGAACUGUGAGCUCUCUCGGUCCAGUGGAGAGGCUCACUGGUUUAAAGAUGGCCUAAAACUCCAGGAAAGUGAGAAUGUCCGAAUCAGUGCUGAAGGCCCGUACAGGAGGGUAACCAUUCUCUGCGCUUCCAAACGGGAUUCUGGAGAGUAUGUAUGUGACGCAGGAGGUGACUCCAUUUUCUUUCAGCUCAUUAUUGCGGAGGCUCCGGUCCGCAUCGUGUCUCCCCGUGAGUCCGAGGUCGAGGUGUGUAUACUGAGCUCUGAAAGGCUGGUCCUGAGCUGUGAGAUUUCAAAAGCAGACGCAGAAGUCUGCUGGUUUUGUGAUGGCAUGGAGGUGGAUGAGAAUGAUAACUUGAAACUAGAGGAUGAUGGGAUUUACCACAGGCUGGUGAUUCCCUCUGCUACAAUAGAUGAUUCUGCAGAAUACGUGUGCGAGACGGCAGAUGACUCGGUCACAUUUUGGGUGAAAAUAGAAGAGCCCCCUGUUAAACUUUCUUGCUCCAAGGAGACAGGCGGCAUUACAGAGAGUUUUGCUGGUGACCCAGUAGUGCUGGAGCUGGAGGUUUCUCGUGAUAAUGCAGAGGUGUGCUGGAUGAAAGAUGGAGUGAAGGUGGACGAGAGCAGCAACAUCACAGUUACUGAGAAUGGCCUCGUACGCAAGCUAACUAUCCAUUCUCCAUCUCUGAGGGAUUCUGGGAUAUACACCUGCAAUGCCAUUGAUGACACAAUGGAUUUUAAAGUCAAAAUUACUGAGGCACCGGUAAAAAUCCUGAAUAGAGAACAGAUCAAAAAUGAGCACAAGGUUGUGUUAUAUGAUGACUUUGUAUUGGAGUGUGAGCUCUCUUCAGCCAAUGCUGUCGUCAAUUGGUAUAAAAACGGCAGCCCUAUUGAGGAGAAUGAGCGCUUCUGUUUUGAGGAGGAAGGAGCCUUCAGAUCCCUGGUCAUUCUCUGUGCGGAGCUGCAGGACUCUGGAGAAUAUAUCCUUGAUGCUAAAGAUGACACAGUUUCAUUUCAUGUCACAGUACAAGAGCCGUCAGUGAAGAUCAUUGGCAAUUCUGGUGAUCCCGAUUAUCAGGAGAUGGUGACAGGAGAUGAGCUCAUCUUAGCUUGUGAGGUUUCUCGAGCCAACGCACCAGUUACGUGGCUAUUCAAUGAUAAACCGCUGGUCCCCGAUGAGCGCACGUGUAUUGAAAUCCAUGGAACACUCCGGAAACUGACCUUAUCCAACAUCCUCCUUUCUGACUCCGGGAAAUACAUGUGUGAUGCUGUUGAUGACAAAAUGAUAACUGUUGUUAAAGUUCAAGAGCCUCCCGUUGAGUUCCUUAACAAAGAAGAGGUGAAUUUGGUCUCUGGUUAUGAAGCUGAGGCUGUCACUUUUACUGCCAUGGUUUCCAGACCCAACGCCCAAGUGCGGUGGCUUAAAGACUGGACUCAAGUCAGUGGAGAACGUUUCCAUAUUUCCAGCCUGGGCCUGACCCGCACUUUCACCAUUGACCCAUUAAAGAAGCUUGACAGUGGAGAGUACACAUGUGAUGCAAACACAGAUGAAAUGCACUUCAGUCUCCUGGUCAAAGAUAUGCGUAUUAAAUUUGUGAAGCCACUGGUUGAUACGGUGGCCCAUAAAGAUGGUAUGAUCACACUAUGCUGUGAGCUAUGCAAAGCCAAAGCAGAUGUCCAGUGGAUGAAGGAUGGAGUGGAGAUCAUUCCCAGCCGUCGCUUCUCUAUCCGUGCCAACGGGACAGAGAGGACUCUCACAAUCCAUCGUAUCACCAAAGAAGAUGCCGGAGAGUAUGCUUGUGAGUCCAAAGAUGACUGCACCAGCGCCAGAGUAAGGGUGGAAUUGCCUCGUGUGGUGGAGUUCCUCACAGAGCUUCACAAUACCACAGUCAUGGAGGGUGAGGAUGCUACCUUUAAGUGCGUGGUCUCUCCUGAUGAUGUUCAGUUGGUCUGGCUCAUGGAUGGAGAGCCCAUCAAACCCAGUGAUCGCUUCCAAAUUGAACAGAACAGUCUCUGCCAUACUCUGAUUAUUCGGAAGGUCCAGCUGCUGGAUUCCUCCCGGAUCACCGCAGAGGCUGAGGGAAUCAUUUCUAAAGCCAGCCUCAAGGUCCAGGAGGCACAGGUGUUGUUUACGAAGAGAAUGGAGGCCGUGAUGGCUGAGGAGUUUGGAGAGGCUACAUUAGAGACGGAAGUGAGUCUGGAGUCUGGAGAGGUGCAGUGGAUGAGACAGGGGGUGGUGAUCCAGCCCGGACCCAGACAUAAACUCACCCAGGAUGGCUGUAAACGUAUCUUGACCAUCAGUAACCUCAGUCUGUCUGAUAGAGGGACCUAUCGCUGUGAGACCCUCCAUGAUCGUGCGCAGGUCAAGCUCAACGUGGAGCCGAGGAAGAUUGUCAUACGCAAGGGGCUGAUGGACAUUGAGACCUUUGAGAGAGAGACGGCGUCCUUCGAGGUGGAGCUUUCUCAUACUGAUGUGGAGGGUGUGUGGCAAAAAGAUGGUCUGCGUGUCAAACCCAGUAACAACUGGCGUGUUAGUUCCAACGGACGAGUGCACGGCCUCACUCUCUCCAACCUCACAUUAGAGGACACGGGAAACAUUGUCUUCUCUGCAGAAGGUCUGAGAACUACUGCCAGACUGGUAGUCAAAGAAACACCAGUAAUGAUCAUUAAGAAGCUGUCCGAUGUCAGAGUUGAGGAGGAAUCUUCAGUCAUUUUGGAGUGUGAGCUGUCUAGACCAAAUGUGGAUGUCAGAUGGCAGAAGAACGGGUUGGAGCUGAAAUCCAACAAGACUUUGAGGAUUUAUUCAAUGGGACGUAAGCGCUGUUUACAGAUCCUGGAGUGCAGCAUCAGUGACUCGGGCCUUUACACUUGUGAAAUAGGUGACCUCAGCACUUCCUGUAAACUUGAGGUCUAUGAACAUGAAUUGGAGGUCAUAACUGGCUUGGAGGAUCUUUGGAUUAAGGAGGACCAGAAUGCAGUCUUUAUGUGUGAGCUGUCCAUGGAAGAUAUGCCUGGGGAAUGGUACAAAAAUGGCAGCAGGAUACGUCCCACCAGCACCAUCAAGACUCGUACAGAGGGGACAAAACACUUCCUGCUUAUAUGCAACGUCAAGGCUGAGGAUUCAGGCGAAAUCAAGUUUGUUUCCAAACAAGUGGAGUCAGUUGCUUAUCUUGAGGUUGAAGAGCUUCCUGUUAGCAUUGUCCGUCACCUCAGGGAUCGAACAGCGCUGGAAAAACAUAGAGUCAUUCUAGAAUGCACCGUAUCAUCCCCAAAUUGUGACGUCACCUGGUACAAAGGGGAAGAAGAGUUGGAAUCCACAGAACACAUGGAGAUAAUACAAGAAGGCUGUUACCAUAAACUUGUCAUCCAGCAGGUGGCGCUGGAGGAUGAAGGAACCUACAGUAUUGAGGUUGGGGAGCACACAUCCACAGCCAAGCUGAUGGUUGAAGCCCAGUCUAUCCUAGUGGUGAAGGAUAUAGAAGAUGUGGAAGUGACAGCUCCUGAAACAGCUUGCUUCCAGUGUGAAGUGUCCGUGACCCUCAUCAAGCCUCCCGUCUGGACACUGAAUGGAGAGACCCUGCAGUCAGGGCCCAAUGUUCGCAUAGAGAACCAAGGGACUGUCCAUAAACUGACAUUCAAAAACACCAGCUCUGACAUGAGUGGGACAGUCAAGUUUACCACGGGGAAAGCCAAGACUAGUGCCAAACUGAGCGUGCUUUAGUGAGUUAUCAAAGGUUUCGCACUUGAGAACAGUAUAAAAGACAGGGAAGUAGUAUACAAAUGGACGUGUGAUCAUAUCCAGCAAAUUAAAGUAAUGCUCUUUGACCCUUUUAACCUUGUUUACCUCAAAGUUCAAAAGUGAGACUGUAAUGGCGAUAUCAAAAGAGAUGUAGACUGGCCACUGCACAGAUUUACUCCUGAAAGGAUUGAUAUUUAAGAAAAAAAGUCAUAAUUUAAACCUGAUGAUUGUGGAGUCUGGAACAGAAUGAUAGGAAGCAAAUGUCAUUGUAAAAUCAAUGUGGACUGUGAAAGUGUAUGAAGAGAUGCACCUGAGGAUUUCCUCUUUAUGCCAAGUUUUUUUCUAGUAGAACCAAACAAUAAUUUAUGAAUGUAACACAACUCUCUCAUGAAUGUUGAUAAAGAGGAAAAUGUUGUGUGUUAUGUGGAUGGAACACUUUUUAUAGUAUUUAUAAUCUUUAAUAUUUUACAGAAAAAUAAAAGACAGAAGGUUCUAUUUUACAGAUGCAAAAAAUGUAGUUUAUUUAAAAUUUGAAAUAAUGUGUUAAACGAAAACUACACUUAUAUCAAAGCUAAUAUGUUAUAUGAAACCAUGCCAGGGUACUAACUGUGCUGCAAAUGUGAUAUCCCAUAAAUAUAAUAAUUAAAAAAGUCAGAAGAU